AAAUAAUUCACUCUAGGCACUUGUUUGUUAUUGGCGAACGGCCUUCACCUAGACCACACAACAAGAACCUCACCUUUUUACGGCGCAAAUAUCGAAUGCGCAGCUAUGUACCGUAUCAUUAUACAGGGUUUUUCAUUAUCAUUGACACAGAAGACAUUGCUCAACUUCGAGAGUUAUCUAAAACCGGGCCAGUACGAAUGUCGCCGUCCUAUGCAAGUGCAUUUGCUAUAUAAGAGUUUCACUUGACCUUUGCCAUCAUUGUUGCAACGACCACCGCCAAAACAUGUCGCGGCAGACACUUCUAGUAGUCCUAGCUAUAGCCUCAGCAGCAUGCAUGGAGAUGAAAGAAACUGUCGAGAGAAUGGUCAUGGUGAGGACCACAGGGUCGGACCUGCAGCCGGCUGCCACCGGGUUCAUCUAUAAGAGAAACAGCGACGGCCCAGCCAAAGUCACCAAGAUGGAAGAGGACGAAGUACUGGAACAUCUGAAGAAGCUUCCAGAAGGUCUCUACGAGCAGCCUAAAGCAUUCAAAGCCCCAAUCCCUGUAGCUGCUGGGCCGUUCUACGCGAAGGAACAGGAUGAAAACAAAGCAGCAUCACACGCCAGCGCAGCUUACGUGAUCCCUGUGGUCGAAGCUGUGGAUGAGGACAAAGAAGACGACAAAGUAGACGGGAUCGCCGAUGAAGACUACAGCAAGAUAUUCGAUGAAUACGCUUCAGACUUCGACGAUUAUUUGGAAGACUUUGACGAUGCGCCUGGAUACUACGGUUACGAUGACCAUCAUCACGAUCACGACCAUUAUAACGAGCACGGGGGUGGCUCAGACUACGGCUCUGAGGAGCACUCGGCUCACGGCGGGAAAGGGCACCGAGACUACGCCACCGCACACCACUACGCGAAAGGUGGCGCCGGGAGUUAUGACAAAGGCAACCGGGAAGGCUUCUCUGUUUCUGGCGGAGGAGGAUACAAGAAGGACUUCGAUGAGGGUGACUCGUAUGGCUCCCACUACGCAUCAGGCCACGGCUACAAAGGCGGCGACCACGGCCACAAGUCGGCUCACAGCAAGGGGGAAGAGACAGACGGAUACCACAAGGUCUUCGCAAAGGACGAGUUCAAGAAAGACCAUGACUUUUACGACACAGCUGGUCUCAAAGGUGGCUUCAACAAAUUCGCUAACGGCAACAGCUUCCAUGGAUCAGACGCCGGAGGGUUUAAAUCAGGAGGUUCUCACGACUCAGGGCAUGACGAGGCAGCGUUCGGUGAGGGUGGCUUCAGAGAUGAGGGGUCAGAGGAUGAGCACGGGGUGGCCUACUCCGGGGAGUCAGGAGAGGAGGCCUACCACCACCGCCACGGAGACUUCGGCAGUAAGGGAGGCGCGGGUGACGGCAAGUUCUACGGCUUCGAGGUCAAGCACCGGUGAAAUGGAGAGUGUUAUUGCGUUGUUGUUGAUUUAUGUUUGGUUGUUGUAAAUAUUAAUAAAAGUUAUGCGUACAUUGAUUUUUAAGAUUGGAAUUUUGCUCAAUCAUAUUGUACUUAAUAUGGCGUUGCACCAUGAAGCAGAAUUAAAUAUUGAAGAUAGGCCAUUUUACUGGAAGGAGACUUGCUUCUGAAGGCACCAAAUUUAUAUUUAGCAGGACGAAACAUAAAAUUCUUUUAUGAUAGACAGAAAAAAUAUAUUAACAACUUGUCGCAUUCCAAAAGAGGCUAAUCCCAUCAGUGGGCGAUUGAUGAUGGUGGUGAUAGAAGCUGAUCAUGAUGAUGAUUCCAAUCUAAAUGCAAGUUUGACAGUACCUAGGUACUAACAUUUAAAUGUUGGGCCUUAAACAUCGCCCUAUGAAAUGCCUUCUUCUACAAUACCUACAUAUUAUACACACUGCUGUAACGUAAACAUAAUUAUGUAACUAAGGAGAGAAUUCCAGAAUUCAUAUAGUUUAAUUCUCUAUUAAUUUCAUGAGUGUAGCGAGCACGGUUCGACACCGGCACUAUCGACUUCUUUCCUACGUGCGUCUUACAUUACAGCAAUCUGUAGGUAUAUCUGCCCUUAUAACCAAUCAUCUGUAUAAUAUGCCAUCCGCUUGCCGAAGUAAAUUACCUAUAACUAGGUACAUAGAAAAGAAAAUUACAUUAUUGAACACAUAAAUCGGACAUACCUACUUAUAUAUAUAUACACUAGAAACAAUACACAAUAGGCCGCCUUAUCGCUAAGAGCGAUCUCCAGGCAAUCUU